CCCUGAAGCAGCCUGGUCCUGGCUCUCUGGUUUAUUGUACCCGUGACUCAUGGGGGCCUUGGAGGGCUCCUCUGUAGGGCCCCUUUUCUUGCCUUGAGGGCUCUUUUUGCGUUCUCAUCCCCUGGAGGAGAUCAAGGCCAUGGGUUGGUCUCUGCUGCUGCCUUUACUUCUGCUGCUGUUACCAGCAUUCCUGCAAAAGGGUGACUCAGCGGGAUCCAAAGUACGCUUUGGGGUUGACCAACCUGAACACCUCUCAGCCCCCAUGGGAGGCUCCAUCCAAAUCCCCUUCUCCUUCUAUUACCCCGGAGAAUUAGCACACGUUUCCAAUGUGGGCAUAUUCUGGAGACGGAGAGUCUUCCACGGGGAGUUCUUCUACAACACAACUCCACCUUUCAUCCACAAGGAUUACAAGGGCCGGAUCUACCUGAACUGGACAGAGGAUCAGAAGUCUGGCUUCCUUAGGAUCUCCAACCUGGGGCAAAAGGACCAGUCUUUUUACUUCUGCCGAGUCCAGCUGAAGACAAAGAAAGACCGUUGGGAGAUGUGGCAAUCCAUCCCAGGGACCAAUGUCACCAUCACUCUCGCUGACAAGACCACCAUCCAGAGCCCCACCAACAAGGCCACCACAGCCACCACAGCUGGUGUCACAGUCACAGAGGGCAAACAGAGCUCAGGAUCUCAGCUCCUCAGUCUGGAGAUGGCACUCGGGGUGGCAGUGGCCACCAUUGUCCUCAUAGCCAUGAUUGUGGGACUGAUAGUCUUCCUCAGAUGGAAAAGAAAAGGUCAGCAGACUAAAGCCCCAGCCCCAGCCAGGGAACCCUACCAAAACAUAGAGGAGAAAUAUGAGAAUAUUGGGAAUGAAAGGCAAUAUGCAGACCCCAAGCUGAACCCCAAGAAUGACAGCAUCGUCUAUGCUUCCCUUGACCUCUCAAGCUCCACCUCACCAAGAGCACCACCCAGCCACCAGAUGCACAUUGGACCCCAAGAAACCCUGUACUCUGUCUUAAAGACUUAACCAGUGGGACAGUGCUCUAAGGCCAAAUGAUGAGGCUGGAUGUAGUAGCUAGUGCCUGUAGUCCCAGCUACAAGACAGGGUAAGCUAGGAGGAUUGCUUGAAGCCAUAAGUUCACGGCCAGCUUUGAUAACAUAGAGAGACCUCCAUCUCUAAUUUAAAAGAAGAAAAAAUAAUAAAACAUUUUUAAAGAUU